UAUUUUGAAAGGCGUACUCGGAAGUCGCACAUUUCAACACAGCAGUGGGUGGAAGCACAAGAGUGAAAAACUGGAUAACGGGAAACGGCCCUGUUUGGGAAAUACAUCAGACUGGGGCGAACGUCUCCAAGCUUCAAAGUGGUGGGGAAUAUCUACUUCUUUUUGUAUGGAUCCACGAUAGGAGGUAGAAGGCGUCUCCACUUUUUGUCUUGGUGAUCCCAAUUCACACCAACAAGACUGCGAAGGAGCUGUUCCGACAGUGUUUUCUCCUCCUGUCGAGACACCCCUACUAGGCGCCACAGAGAUGGCAAACAUGUGCCCGUAUGGCCAGUUCACCCACGCGGUGGUGCGCGGCAUCCCGGAGACCUUCGGGAAGGUGGUGGGUGAAAACGGCGAGAACAAGGAGGUCUCAGUGGACCUGGCCAAAGCCCAGCGUCAGUUCGGCUGUCUGACGGGAGCGCUGAGGCAGAAAGUGGGCCUGCAGCUGAUCGAGAUCCCUCCCGAUCCGGAGCUGCCGAUGAGCUGGAGGGUGGAGGACGUGGCGGUGAUCCAAGGUGACACGGCGCUCAUCACCAGGCCCUUCAGACAGCAGAGACGCAGCGAGGCGGAGGCGGUGCGCAGGGUGAUGUCCGAGCUCAACCUGAGCGUGGUGGAGAUGGACGGGGCCCCGGGGGACUCCGGAGGGGCCACGCUGGAGGGCGGCGACGUCCUCUUCACAGGGAGGGAGUUCUUCGUCGGCAUCUCCUCCCACACCAACCACAAAGGAGCCGAGGUGCUGGCGGACACGUUUCGGGACUUUUCCGUGUCAACCGUGCCAGUCUGCGGUGGGAUUCGACUGAAAAACAUCUGCUCGAUGGGAGCUGCCAACACAAUCAUCAUCAGCAACAGUGACGGGGCCAAGAAGACUCUGCGGAUGAUGGAACAGCUGACCGAUCACCACUAUGAGGUUCUAACUGUGCCGGAACAAUCUGCAGCUAACUGCAUCUACAUAAAGGGCCCGUCCAAGAAGGACUUCCUGCUCCACAGGCCAGCGGAAGAAUGUCCUUACAGUGUGUCUGCUUUCCAGAAGCUGCAGGAUUACACCUUCUUGCCUACAGCCUGCAGUGAGGCCUCCAAGCUGGGAGCAUCUCUAUCUUCACUUUGCCUGCUUGUCAAUAAGAAGCACACAUAUUUCUGAUUUUGUUCCCCCCCCCCCCCCCCUUCUAAACCCGUCAGUGUUUGACCCCUCGCAACGAUCCCCUUUGGGUAGGGUGGGCCUCUUCACAAAAUGUAUUUGACCAAAAUGCUCAAUGUUGUAGGAAAUGGUGAAUAAGAGUUUAGCAGUGCAACUUGCAUGAUUCACACCUGUAAGUCACCUAGCAUCAAUUCGCUUAGAAUUUUACACCUUUUCGCCUCUUCAUUUCCAGCUUCUGCUAAGUCCAGUUAGAUGGCCAACAGAAGCAGUUAGUUUUGACACUUCAGUGGUGCCCAAGAUUUUUUUUUUUUGGAAGAUGUUAACUUCUUGAUUAAACUAUAUUGUGCUUUGCAGUGGUGCGCCGCAUCAUACACAGGUCAUCUAAUGCUUUAUUUAGCUACUUGGGGGUCAAAAUAUUAGAAACAUGCCUUUGUAUAGAUAGAAUUUUGCUUCAACUUUUGUAUUGAAUGUACAGCAAUUGUAAAAGUACACCUAUUAAAUUGUCUGGUGAA